AGGGUUCACAAAGCCCUGUUCAACAAUGCACUGUUUACACUUUAGACGUUUCCUCCAAACGACAGCGUCCAGAGUAAUCAAAAUAGAAUAUAAGAUCCCAAAUAUUUUCUCUCUCUAAUUUUUUUUUUCCACAUUUCUCGGUAGCCAAACAGCCGAAAUUGAACUUUUGUGGUUGUGUGGAUCAAGAUCGAAGAGAAAUCCAACAUGGGGUUCUUAGUUACGACCCUAAUUUUCGCUGUGAUUGGAAUCAUUGCGUCCUUAUGUACCAGAAUUUGCUGCAACAGAGGACCCUCUGCUAAUUUGUUCCAUCUAACAUUGGUUAUUACAGCAACGAUCUGCUGUUGGAUGAUGUGGGCAAUUGUGUAUCUUGCACAAAUGAAACCGCUCAUAGUCCCUAUUCUAAAUGAAGGAGAGUGAAGUUGCAUUUUGAAAAGCAUAUAUAUCGCCUCAUUUGGUUACUUCCCGGUGGGAUGAUGGAUUGUUUCCGGAGAACAUCAAGUUUUAGUCCAAUUGACUGUUUUUAGUAUCUUAUGGUGUUGGAUUAGUAUGUAAAUGUCGGAGUUUAAACGUCGAAUUUGUUUGGAAUUGUUAUAUGUACCCUCAUUCAUUUUAGAAUUCACUGUCAGACAUUCAAAAGCGGAUAAAUAUGAGUUAAAUGGAAUAAGUUAUAGCCAA